UUCACUUCUAACAACGGGAGCCUUAACAUUUGUCUUUUAAAAACAGCCAUUAAAAAAUACACAAAGUGAAGAGCAGUGAAGGAAAAGCAGGAAGCAGAAGUAUUAAAGAGCUAAAUUGAUUAAAGUUGUAUUCUCAACAUGAGAUUGCUUUAAUUGGUCUUAAUUCUCAAGAACUGUGAUUUGCUUCCAGUCCAGGAGCAACAUUGCAAAUGAGGAAGAAUGAAGGUUUCUGCCGCUUCCCCAAGAUGUGGACCUCUGUGCGCCUUCUCCUGUUGUCAACCCUACUCACCGGAAAGACGGUUGCUGAACGCUGCCCACAAAUCUGCCUCUGCGACGGCAUCAAGCAUCAAGUCAUGUGCUUGAACAAGAACCUCACCAAGGUGCCCAUUAACAUCCCUCAGGUCACUCAAAGACUUGACCUCCGGGGUAAUGAAAUCAAAGUCAUCUCUGCAGGAACUUUCUUGCCUAUUCCAUACCUCACCCACCUGAAACUUCAGAGAUGCAAGGUGGAAAGCAUUGAGGAAGGGGCUUUCAGGGGAUUAGGACGGCUUGUCUACCUCAAUUUAGCUUCCAACAAUAUAGCAUUCAUCUACCAAGAGUCUCUAGAUGGCCUCUCCUCCCUCCGGCAGCUUAUCCUGGAAAAUAAUAGCAUUGAGGAAAUAAAGCCAGGGGCUUUUAGUCAGCUGGGCUUCCUCACCUUUCUUAACCUGGCCAGAAACUCCUUGGUUUACCUACCAGAUAUGGUCUUCCAGGGACUUCAGUUGAUCAAGUGGAUUAAUUUGUCCCACAACUCACUCAAUGUGCUUGCCAACGAGGCCUUUGGUGGAUUAUCGACCCUUAGGAGGCUAAGCCUAGAUCACAAUGAACUUCAGUUCCUUCCUAACGAGGCCCUCUCUAGAUUGUCUGGCACAGCCCAGCUAGACCUCGGACAUAACCCAAUCACUUAUAUUGGUGAGGAGGCCAUUGAGAUGGCAUCCCUGAAACAGCUCUUCUUGGACAACAUGGCCCUUCAGGAAGUCUCACACAGAGCUUUUGUCAAGAGCCCCCUGCUGCACACUCUUGACCUGCAUAACAACCAGCUGUCCGUGUUGCAGCCACAGACGGAGAUGGCCCACCUCAAAAAAAUUGACCUAACAGGGAACCCUGUCCUUUGCACUUGUGAAAUGCGCCCCUUCAAAGAAUGGGCUGCGAAAGCAAGAAUACACGCCGAUGUGGUAUGUGCUGGUCCUGCUGCCGUCAGGGGAGAGCACCUGGAAUCCCUGAGGGCAACAGAUAUGAAGUGCAGAAGUCACGCAUUGGGUGAGGAGCUGCUGCCUAGCCUGGCCACGGUCACCAGGGAACCAGAGAAGGAUGCUGUAAGAUGCCCACAAGGAUGUACUUGUUCACCAGAUUCCCAGCAUGCAAACUGUGUCAGCAGAAACCUCCAGAGUAUUCCCAAAGGCUUUCCAAGCAACACCCAACUUCUGGACUUGCGCUAUAAUGAGUUCCACUCGGUACCGCAAGACUCCUUCCCUGGCUUGAGAAACCUGACAUCACUCCAUCUGCAGAACUGCAAGAUUGCAAGGCUGCAGCCUGGUGCUUUCCAGGACUUGAAAAACCUCGUCUACCUUUACCUGUCUAACAACAACAUAGAUUCUGUAGAUGCUGAUGUUUUCAAAGGGCCUGCCCAGCUUGCAUAUCUCUACCUGGACCACAAUGGAUUCAACCAAAUAUCCAAAAGCUCCUUCACUCUCUUGCCGAACCUCUUUGCCCUCCACUUGCAACACAACUCCAUCGGUCAGCUGACCGAUAAUGAUCUGGCUGGGCUGGAGAAGCUACGCUGGUUAUACUUAACAGGGAACCGCAUCACUCACAUGUCUCCCAAGGCUCUGGGACAUGCCAAGCUGCUGGAGAAGCUGCAUCUAGAUGAGAAUCUUUUGCAGGAAGUGCCCACCAAGUCUCUCAGAGGGCUGCCCACGCUUAGUGAACUGAAGUUGUCCAAGAAUCCCAUAAAGUACAUUGGGGAUGGUGCCUUCCUGCCAGUGGCAAGAUCUCUACAGCACCUGUAUUUGGAUGAUAUGGGGCUAGAACAGAUUUCCUCUGGUGCCUUCACUGGCUUGGGCCCACAGAUAAGAAGUCUGUAUCUUGAGAAAAACAAAGUGCGCAGUUUGCCGAACUUACACAGCUUUACAGCUCUGGAGGUCAUCAGCCUGAGUGAUGUUCCUUUCUCUUGUGACUGCCAACUUCUCCCGCUACGCAAGUGGCUUGACAAGCUGAAUCUUAGAGUAGGAGCCACCUGUGGCUCCCCAGCAGAGGUACGUGGCCAGAAGGUGAAGCUCGUCACUAUCUUCCAAAGCUGCCCAGGCUGGAAUACCAAGAAGACAAAACGAACCAGUUCAACUAAAGCCAAAGCCAAGGCUGGAAGGAGCUCCAGUAAGAAGAGGCAGCAGCAAGCUGGGAAUAUACGAGUCAAGAAAAGCAGGAAAAGCAGAAGCAGGAAAAGCAAGUUGCUGAAAAUGCGCUUCUCCACUAAUAGGGGGAGAAAGGCUUGAGGGGGGGGGCACAUUUUUAUGGCCUGUAAAUCCCUCCAUACUACAAAAGGUGCAUUUUCAAAGGAAUACUUGAUAAUUAUACCAAAAGUCAAUCUUAGAUGUUAAAGAGGCAGGCAAGUGGAGCGGUAUGCUGUAGCUGUCUGCCUGUACAAUCAUGCACUGAGCAUGGUUGAAAUCUCCAAGAUGCUUGUACUCUAUAGGCAAAUGUGCACACUUAAAUAUUCUAUAGUUUAUUCUGCUAGUCUGGAAGUAGUGGCAGGUACCAAGUACUCCUCUUGUCACCAUGAUUUAGCCAGACAUGUCCUGCACACUUUCCAGUCUGUAUUUAACAAGGGUUUAAAAAGUAUUAAGAGCUUGCCAUACAUACAUAGGUAAUGUAAAGCAUUCUCAAGGUUGCUGGAUUUUUUGCCCACAGCUGAACUGUGUGCUGUUUCUGCAUCAUGGCUAAAUUGUAAAAGAACCCACAGUCUCAAGCAGGAGCAUUUAGUUGAAGUCGAAACAGCACUUUCUGUUAGAUGAGAUAGUUAGAAAGUUGACUUUGUGAAGUAUAUUUAGUUAUUAUUAAAGUUAAUGCUCUUGUGAUGCUUUUUCUAAGCAUUGGAAUAUUUGGGCUAAGCUACAAUUUGGCUAAGUCUUUGUCUUCUGCUACUCAUUGUAUUCAGUUUGCCAAAUUUAUGCAUUGAUGUUCUACUAUGCCAAUAGCCUUUGGCACUAUAUACAGAAUUUUGCAAUUCAGAGUUGAGGAAUUUGUUGUGAAUUCUAGCAUAGCUUACCACAGAAGAGCAAUAAUUGGGUAGUGCUAGGAGCUCACCAUCUGUAAGCAACCAAUGCUCUUCCCAAGGUUAAACUGCCUCUUAUCUCUGGUGUGUUCUGGAGUUAUCUCUGGAGGUGGCAAACAUUCUACAAGAGACAAAAUACGGGGGAUUUGACGCAAUAGCAAAAGAAUGUGCAUUGAAAGAACCAUGGGAUAAGAUGGUUCCAAAGAACCAAGAUGUCCCCAAACAAAAAUGAAAUCAAGCGUUUCACAGCAGGAAACAAAAGCAGCCGUGGGGGCAAGUUGCAGCACAGCAGAUUUACAGCCUUUUUCAAAAGCAAGUUCCUUUGCUUGCAAAAUGACUUCUUUCUAAGUGUCCAUGCUAAAGUUAGCAGCUGAAAGCCGCGUAUCAGGAAGCACCUUUUCACUGUAAGAAGCGUCAGACAAUGGAACAAGUUGCCCAGGGAAGUAGUGAGAUUUCCUCCUAGGAGCUUUUCAAAACACUGGGAUGAUGGAAAAACAUGCAUAAGUAAUGGGCAUAAUUUAAAUCCCAGGAAGCUGCCAUUGCAGGGGGCUGGGCCAGUAUUUAUUCCAACCAUUAUUUCACAAGGUAACAGCUUAGCAGAAUGAAAAGCGUCAUUAUUAAUAUUUUCUCAAAUGGCAACCCUCUUCUGGAGAUAUACCACGGCCCAUCUGCUCUCGUGGUGAGAAUUUUAAGACUGGUUCAUAGUGGCAAUGUGGCU